AGGCGCCCGCAGCUGCCCUCUUUAUAGUCGCGCCGGGGCGCGAACGUGAGUCUGUGCCAUUGGCGGCAAGUUACAGCCCUUUCUCUUCAACCAAUGGGAUCCUGGUUCUGAAACACACUCGUUGUCAGUGGACAACAUCCCGGUGACGUUUCCGGGACUCGCCACCAGUCGGACACGCCUCUACUCACCGCCGCCUGGAAGGAGCCUGAACCGGAGGACACUGGCAGCCUCGCAGUCGCUCUUCCAGUUGUUUCCCGGCUUCUUCGGCGGUUCCUCCCGACCAUGCCCGAGCCCGCCCAGGCGGCGCCCGCCCCGAAGAAGGGCUCCAAGAAGGCGGUGACCAAGGCGCAGAAGAAGGACGGCAAGAAGCGCAAGCGCAGCCGCAAGGAGAGCUACUCCAUCUACGUGUACAAGGUGCUCAAGCAGGUGCACCCCGACACCGGCAUCUCGUCCAAGUCCAUGGGCAUCAUGAACUCGUUCGUCAACGACAUCUUCGAGCGCAUCGCGGGCGAGGCGUCGCGCCUGGCGCAUUACAACAAGCGCUCGACCAUCACGUCCCGCGAGAUCCAGACGGCCGUGCGCCUGCUGCUGCCCGGCGAGCUGGCCAAGCACGCCGUGUCCGAGGGCACCAAGGCCGUCACCAAGUACACCAGCUCCAAGUAGGCGGGAGCGAGCGGCCUGACUCCUGACCCCAAAGGCUCUUUUCAGAGCCACCCA